GCGUCUCCAUUUUGACGGCGAGCAGAGACGCGGCGGGGACGAGUGGAGUAUCGGAGUGGCGUCAUCAGUACUCGGAGGGCCAGAUCGGCUCACGGCACUUCCUUAUUUCCUUCCUUUGUCCGCAGAAGCCGGAGGCGCAUAUGGCGGGCUUGGAGGUAUUGUUUGCGUCGGCGGCGCCGUCUAUCACCUGCGCGCAGGACGCGCUCGUCUGCUUCCUGCACUGGGAAGUGGUGACGCACGGCUACUACAGCUUGGGUGCCGGCGACCAGCCAGGUCCCAGUGAUAAGAAAUCAGAACUGCUGCCUGCCGAAUGGAACAACAAUAAAGACCUGUAUGUCCUCCGGUAUGAGUCUAAGGAUGGGUCCAGAAAGCUCCUUGUGAAGGCUGUCACUGUGGAGAAUAGCAUGAUCAUCAAUGUGCUGGAAUAUGGCUCACAGCAAGUAUCAGACUUGACCUUGAACUUGGAUGAUUAUAUCGAUUCAGAACACCUGGUUGACUUCCACAGGACCUACAAAAACAGUGAGGAACUUCGGUCUCGUAUUGUGUCUGGAAUCAUCACACCUAUCCAUGAGCACUGGGACAAGGCUAGUGUAAGCAGUCCCCACCGGGAGUUUCCCCCUGCCACUGCCAGAGAGGUGGACCCACUCCGGAUUUACCCACCGCACCCACACACCAGCCGGCAGCCUCCCUGGUGUGAUCCCUUGGGCCCAUUUGCUGUUGGGGGAGAAGACCUAGACCCCUUUGGGUGUCGGAGAGGUGGCAUGAUUGUGGAUCCCUUGAGAUCUGGCUUCCCAAGAGCACUUAUUGACCCAUCCUCAGGCCUCCCAAACCGGCUUCCUCCAGGCGCUGUGCCCCCAGGAGCACGCUUUGACCCUUUUGGACCCACUGGGACCAGCCCAUCUGGCCCGAGGCCUGACAGACGUGGUCAGUGAUGAACCCCUGUGCUGGAGUGGAAAGAGCACCAUAGAGCGCCAGGCUCAGAGGCAAGAGAUCAAAGCACUAGUCACUUUGGCUUCACAACUAGCAUUUCAGCUAUGGGUGGGUCCUUUUAUUUCUCAGCUUCUUGGGUUCUUUCUCUUUAAAUUAAUGACAUUUUAUUUAUUUGUGGACAGGGGGCUACUAGAGCCUUUCUGAGGUGUCUGCUAAUGUGCAGGGACUGCCUUGCCUGUCUGCCUUGCCCAAGAGGGGGUUAAGGGUAAACUAAAUUGGCACAUAGGCCUAGGAUAACCUAAGAUGGAGGCUGGGCUUUGGGAGGCUAGCCUGAGUGGGCUCCCUGGGCAUUUCUAGCAGAAACCAUCUCAAGCACUGAUAUAGUAAAAGACCACCUUGAAUCCUUUAGAACGUAUCUACUCUGGAGAAAGGCCCAGAGGUCAGGCAGAGCUACAAAUGAAAUCAUCAAUCAUAGUUUUCUUCCUGAAGGGCCAGCAAAUGUUUUUGUUUUGAAAUCUUAUUGUAUCUGCUACCAAAAGGACUUGGGACAAUUUACUCAUAAAAGCAUCCUUUAUUAUAAAAGGAAGUAUUUAAAGGAAGGUCAGACCUGAGACCAUCAGAUAAUCAGGGAAGGUAGACAAGUUUUAGCAUCCCGAUUCACAGAAAAGAUUGAAACAAUAAGUUUGCCACUUAGAUUUUCUAGUAGCAAAGGUCGAAUGGAUAGUCAUAUACAUAAUUCUGUUUUCUGGAAACAGAAGCUUUAGUGAUUCCUCUGUGGAAUCAGCCAUUUGUGUGUGGGUCUCCUUGCAUCAAGGACAUUGAAGAACACAGUGUCUUAGUUGUCAUGUGGGGGCCUUUAGGAACUUAGGAGUCAAGCUGUCAGUGCUUGCAGUUGGGGCCACUUUCCUCCUUCCAGCCAUGAGUAAUCACCAAGCAACAAAUGAGAAUGGUUCAGGUGUAUGUUUUGUGGAACCUGAAAGGUUGAAGCCUUAACAAUAAAUAUCAGCACUUAAUAACCUA